AUGCAUAUUAUACAGUUCUUGACUUUAUAUGGCGUGGUUUGUGGUCAUUUUCAACAGCAUCAUCCUCAUGUGAAUCAUUUACAAAAAAGAAACGCCAUUUCAAAUAAAUCGAAUCCUAUCGCAACUCAAGUAUUAAUUAUUGGCGCUGGAAUAUCAGGCUUAGAAGCUGCUCGAUUAUUACAAAAAAAUGGGAUCAAAACUUUGAUUUUAGAAGCACGGAAUCGAACAGGUGGUCGAAUUUGGUCGAUACAUUCAAAAAAUGGUCACAUACUUGAAAUGGGUGCAAGUUAUAUUCACGGUAUUUAUGGCUCGAUUCCAUCGGGUUUGCUAACAAAUCCAAUUUGGGAUCUCACUCAAGAAGCUAAAAUUCGCACACAUGCCACAAAACAGAAAGAUUUUCUAGGAUCUUAUCAAAUCGGUGAUAGUAUCUCAGCUAUUCAAAGUUGGUUCAAUGAGUACAUGAUUUUUGUACGAGAAGAGACCAGAAUAUCAUCAACAAACGUUUCUUUUGGAUAUUACGCUAAUCUAUUUGCAAAACAAAAAAACUUCACGGAAGAGCAGCAAUAUGCAUUUACUAAUUAUCUACAUUUUUUCAUUGGAGCUGUAGAAGGCGCGGAAUUAGAUGCAAUUGGUGCCAAAGGCUAUCUUGAUAUCAAUUCGGUACAUUAUGGUAGAAAUCAUAUCUUUUCUGAAACAGGUUAUAUGGCACUUACCGAUUAUUUAGCUAAAGAUGCCACAGAUAUUCGAUUGAAAGAAGUUGUUGUAAAGAUCACUUAUAAUAAGAAGAGUGCUGAAAUCGAAACAAAUUGA